CUUAACUGCCUACGGAUUCUCGUUUUCUAAUUAAUCCUUGUGAGAAUUGUCCCCCUCUACCUGUCGAAAUUUUUGUAUCAAAAUAUAAGGAAAAAAAAAAAACUGAAAAACUAGGCUGCAAGAAACAAAUAUUCAUGGAAGAGAUUAUGUCCCCCUCUUCUGCAUCUUCACUUCUGUCAUUUUGUCAAGAAUCCUCUCCCCCUCUCCACCAACGCCUCCAUGUCAUCCUCCAAAGCCUCCCUGCAUGGUGGCUAUACGCUAUCUUCUGGCAGGCCUCCAACGAUUCCACUGGCCGCAUUGUUUUAUCAUGGGGUGAUGGCAAUUUCCGUGGCUCCAAAGAAUUUUCGACCGAACCAAGCAACAAGCUGAACCAACACAAAUUUAGUUUCAAUCUUGAAAGAAAGAUGUCUAAAGAGUUCCAAGUUCUUUUCACUGAUGACAUGGACAUGGACAGAUUGGCAGAUGCUGAUGGCACUAAUUAUGGGUGGUUCUAUACCGCAUCAGCAUCGCGGUCAUUCGACGUAGGAGAGGGAAUUGUUGGCCGGACAUUUGGUUCUGGAGGUUUCAUUUGGUUGAUCGGUGAUCACAGGCUACAGGCAUACCAGUGCGAGAGAGUUAAGGAGGCUCGUAUGUACGGGAUACGGACUUUGGCCUGUGUCUCGACCUCUUGUGGGGUUGUUGAAUUGGGCUCCUCGCAUAUGAUCCACGAAGAUUGGAGCACGGUGCAGCUGUGCAAAUCCCUUUUCGGUGCAGACGUCGCCUGCUUGAUCUCCAAGAAUCCCAGCCAUGAACCUCAGCUUCAAAUUCCUGACCGGGGUGCUUGUUCCCUUGAUUUUGGAAUGUCUUCAGGUGGUCAAAUUGAGACCUCUCUAGACAAGCAAAACGAGGGCUACUUAAAGAAAGAUGCUUCUGGUUCUGGUCAAGGCCGGUCGUCUUCUGACUCUGGGCCUUCUGAUUCUGAGGGCAAUUUUGCUGCUGGAAAUAAUGAUGGGUUCAGGAAAAGAGGAAGAAAACCAAGUGGCAAAGAAAUGCCGCUAAAUCAUGUGGAAGCGGAGAGGCAGCGGAGAGAGAGACUUAAUCACCGAUUUUAUGCACUACGAUCUGUGGUUCCUAACGUGUCCAAGAUGGAUAAAGCAUCUCUACUUGCAGAUGCAGUGACUUAUAUCCAAGGACUCAAGGGCAAAGUUGAUGAAUUGGAGGCCAAAUUGCAAGCAGUGUCCCAGAAAUCAAAGAUUACUAGUACAGUCGUGUAUGAGAAUCCAUCAACCAAUUGCAUGGUGAGGCCUUGCUCGAGUUAUAGAGAUAAGGCAAUGGAGGUGGAUGUAAAUAUUGUAGGGUCGGAGGCCAUGAUCCGCGUGCAUUCCCCAGAUGUUAAUUAUCCAGCUGCAAGAUUGAUGAAUACACUUAGAGAACUUGAGAUUCAAGUUCAUCAUGCAAGUGUGUCAAGCAUCAACGAGAUGGUGCUUCAAGAUGUGGUGAUCAAAGUUCCUCAAGGAUUCACAAGUGAAGAGGCUAUAAUAAGUGCUAUUUAUCAAAGAAUGCAGAACUAAGAGCAGGUUUCGGAAGAUUGGAUUAAGUAUUGAAGGGAAUGCAUAACCUCAAUGAAGGUGAAUUGCUACUUAUAGAGAUGUUAUCAACAUGCAUCAUUGUUUUUCCGAAAACUUUUAUGCUCAUAAGGAAGAUGUAUAAGAAAGAAGUUGUGAAAAUUUGUUCUUUGUUUUUGUUUUUGUUUUUGUUGGUUUUGGUAGCUGUUUUUGUAUGGUAAUUAAAAAAAAAAAAAAAAAGGGAAAUUCUGAGCAUCCUCAUUAAAUUCUCUGCC